UUAAAGUGCAGUAAAAGUCGUCGCUCCCUUUCCACCGAGCGGACAAACCCACAGUGAGGCAGCAGGGAGGAGAGGAGCGGAAACUAACCAGCGGAUCCUGCAUGGGUGCAAGACGCGAUCGAUUAAACCCUAAAAAAAAAACUCCCGGAAACGCAGAAGAUCUGGAACCACAACGAAAGGACGCAGAGGAGGCCAGCCAGCUCAGACUAAAGGCUCUGAAGGUGCGUGCGUGGAGUGCGUGACAGACGAGCCCUCGGUCUGCAUCCAUCAUUUACAAGCUGCAGUUUUUGCGCGGUGGCUGCAGACACGUAGAGAAUUCCCACGCGAAGUGAUUGAGUUUUAAAGCCACUGUUUCCAACUCGAAUAGGCUGCAGCGCCAGAAAGGCGGCUUGGUGCACGCUGGAAAUUCAAUUGGUGGAACCAGGGAGGCAGCCCCGGCCUUUUUCCACUGCAGGAAACCGACGGAGGAAGCGGCUUCUGCAGCAGCAGUGUCUGCAGCGGAGGGCCUGCUCUGCUGCACCGCAUCAGGGAGCCAAACUGUGCAGGAUGCGCCGCUGCAGCUGAAGGCGCACAGACUCCAGCUUGUCCCGGAGCUCUGCAGGAAUUCCGCUCAGGAAUUCGGUCCAACCGGUCUCUGACCACAGCGGCGCAGCAUUUCCAGGUUAUUUUUUUGUUUUUUGUCGCCAUUCUUCCUCCGGGGGAGCCCAGCGGUGGCCCUCGGCGGGCUUGCUGUGGAAAUGUAAACACAAGUCGGGCUGGAUUUUAAACUACGCACACGUCCCACCCCCCUCCUCCUCCUCCUCCGCCGCCCGAGAUGGAGAAGGUCGACUCGGAGCAGGAGGGAGCCGCAGAGCCGCCCAUGCACAGCGUCCAUGGAACCAACCGCAGCCGGCCGUCCUCUUACCGGGCCCUGCGCAGCGCGGUGUCCACCUUGGCUCGCCUGGAUGACUUCAGCCGAGAGAAGAUCGGGGCGGGCUUCUUCUCCGAGGUGUUCAAGGUGCAGCACCGGGUAACGGGUCAGGUGAUGGCUCUGAAGAUGAACAUCUUAGUCAGUAACCGAGCCAACAUGCUCAGGGAGGUCCAACUGAUGAACAGACUAUCACAUCCAAACAUACUCAGGUUUAUAGGUGUGUGUGUUCACAAGGGACAGCUGCACGCUCUCACAGAGUACAUCAACGGAGGUAACUUGGAGCAGCUGUUGGGCAGCGACAUGUACCUGUCAUGGACCACGCGGCUCAGCCUGGCUCUGGACAUCGCUCGUGGAUUAAAGUACCUGCACAGCAAAGGCAUCUUCCACAGGGACCUCACCUCUAAGAACUGUCUGGUGCGCUUGGAGGGCGGCAUGUGCUCAGCCGUGGUGGGAGACUUUGGCCUGGCAGAGAAAAUCCCAGAUUACAGUGAGGAAGAGGUCCAGGAGCGUUUGGCAGUUGUGGGCUCCCCCUAUUGGAUGGCCCCAGAGGUGCUCAGAGGAGAAGUGUACAAUGAAAAGGUGGACGUGUUUGCAUACGGGAUCAUCUUGUGUGAGAUCAUUGCGAGGAUACAGGCCGACCCAGACAUCCUGCCACGCACCGAGGACUUUGGCCUGGACGUUGAGGCCUUUCAGCAGAUGGUUGGAGACUGUCCACCUUACUUCCUGGAUUUGGCCAUCGCUUGCUGUAAUAUGAAUGCCAAACUCCGUCCGUCUUUUUCCCAAAUUGUAGCCGAGUUGGAGAAGAAACGAGCUGAGAGGGAGCAGAGGGAUGAACCUCCAGUGAGAGACGUUGGACCAUUGAGGAGGCCGUCCCUCUGCGACACGUCCGACCCCCGUCUCUCCCGUAGCAAGUCCGACAUGCUGCACCCUCAGGACACGCUGCCCUGUGUUACUUUCACGCCUUCUGCUCGGCUCAACCCUUUCUUGCAGCGGGAGGACCUCAAAGGAGGAAAAAUCAAGCUUUUCGACACUCCCAGCAAGUCUGUCAUCUCCCUGACCUUCACCUUGCCUCCUCCGCCGGACUGCGGCGACGUCUCUGCAUCUGAAGCGGAGGCCGUCGAUAUUCCCAGGAGGCACAGGCGAUGCCACUCACUGCCGUGUACGCCGCCUCCGCAUAUGAUAUCUGCGCCGAACACGGUCCUCACGGAGGAGGGGUCGGCGUUUGAGAUGAACGAUGAGGGAAGGAGGAGUGAGGAGACGAGUUUGCUGGGAGGAGAGGAGGACUCAUCCCUGGCAGGGGAUUCAGGUCUCCCGCUGUCUAUUGAACCCUUAUCACUGAACACGGUGGACCAAGAGCAGCAGGAGGUGGAGGAGGAGCCCAUGGACUGCACCACCUCCCCUGAUACGCACGACAUCACGUCAUCGCUUUACUCCAAACAUCAUUCUCCGUCUCACUCCUCCACCCCCUUCCAUCCCUCCACCCCGUCCUUAGCAAACGGUUGGAGGUCAGCCAUCGCUAACGGGCCUCCCUGUCUGCCGCCUCUCUCCAAUCUGGACAACCACAAUGUGAUCGUAAGCCGACCGCUAGGCUGGAGCGCCGCCACAGACACGCCCACGACCAACAACAACGGCUACCACUCCUCACCCAGCGACCCCGCCGGCUCCUCACCGUUCGGUUCCGGCAGCGGCCAUUCCCUGGACCAAGAGGAGGUAAUCUCCUGUCCCGGCUGCUGCCUGGCCGGACUCCGUUUCCCCUCGGUUUGUCUCAGAGCGCCCCCUCGCCGAAACCCCUAUAAGAACUUGAACGGGGACCACGCCGCUUCCCGUGGGCUGCUCUGUCCGGGGCCUAAGGGCCUGCCGCCCACCAACACCAGCCUGGAUCCAGGACUGGCCCUGCCAGGAGCUCAAACAUAACUCCCCAACCGUCGACACCAAAUGCAAAGCUCUUCCCCUGGAAAUUAAGCGGGUCUUCUUAAAAUUUGCACAGAUUUUAAUGCAGCAAUACUCUGCUUAUUUUCUUUUUUUUUCUCCAGAAAAAUCUUUUUGUUGCACAGAAGUUUGUGUGCCUGCAUGAGUUCAUUAAAAUACUGUCCAGACUCGAAAGAAACGACUCUCUGUCCAGGAACGCUGCAGGACUUUGCCGGCGGAAGCCCUCUGCUGGACUGAGGGCGUCCUGCACGAUGUCAGCCCGUGUUUGACUCUUACAGGCGUGCUUCGGCGGGAAUCUGUAAAUUUACAGCUGCAACGACUCUUAUUGCCAGAUGAGUCUGACCGACGCUGAAACGAGGAAUGUUGAGCUUAGUAUUAAUACUGUUGUAAGGAUUAUUUUUGAUGUUUGGUGCUGCUUCUGAAUGAACAGGCAGGUUUGCUUUAACGUGUUUAAUUACGGAGAGGCGUACAGUGCAUUUCUGGGGCGCAUUUGACCGAGUUGGGUAUGAGUGUCGUGUGUGUGAAAGGGUACGUGUGUGAGAAUGUCACCGUUCUUAAGACUAUUUUUUUUUUCUUUUUUGUUGCUGUAUGAACUUUGUUGGCCCUUCUGGUUGCCUGGUUAAGCACUUCAACUGUAUUACUGUUUAUAAGGAAACUGUUUAUCAUUAUAUUUGGGAAUGAAUGGUCAAAGACCUGCUUAAGAGAUGUACAGAUUCUUAUUAUUUAAAGAUGGCAUUGAAUAAAAAGAUAGAAUGCA